GGAGAGGGGGCGGGAGAGAGAAGGAUGGCGUUGGCGGUGAAGGCGUUUCCGUUGACUGUGGCGGCUCACGUGGUGGGCACGGUGGCGCUGAUUCUGGUCCUCUUCUGGGCCAUCCAUUUCAGAGGCGGCCUCGCCUGGGAUGCCAUCAACAAGAACCUCAUCUUCAACAUCCAUCCUGUUCUUAUGCUGCUCGGAUUGAUCAUCAUAGGAGGUGAAGCAAUAAUUAGUUAUAAAGCUCUGCCAUUGAAGAAAGAAGUGAAGAAAUUGAUCCAUUUGGUGCUACACGGCGUAGCAUUGGUACUGGGUAUUGUGGGCAUCAGCGCUGCGUUCAAGAACCAUAAUGAGAGUGGGAUCCCCAAUCUUUACAGCUUGCAUUCUUGGAUUGGUAUUGCCGUUAUUGUCCUCUAUGGUCUUCAGUGGCUGUACGGGCUGGUGACGUUCUACUAUCCCGGAGGGUCCGAAAAUGUUCGAAGGGCGUCACUUCCGUGGCACGUGAUCUUCGGUAUCACUGUGUACAUAUUGGCCGCCGGCAACUCGGCGCUCGGCUUUCUGGAGAAACUGACGUUUCUCGAGAGCUCCGGCGGCGUAGACAAGUACGGCGCCGAGGCGUUCCUCGUGAACUUCACGGCCAUCACCACCAUUCUUUUUGCAGUGUUGGUGCUUUUAUCAGUUGCUUCUCAGCCGUCCGAUGAAGCUGCUGCAGAUGGCCAUGGCGACUAUUCUUCCAUAUGAAUGGAUGAAUCUCAUCACCUGCUCUCCCUCGUUCCUCUCUUCUUUGCCUCCUGUGUGCAUCGUGAUUCUGUUAAGUUUGGAUUAAUUUUUUUUUUUCUUACCAGAUCAGACUGAAUCAUCUCUGUUUGUUUGUUCAUGAGAAAUUCACGUUUGAUGAAUGUAGUUGUAUAAAUAAAUUUAAUAUUAGCUGAUGAGAUUCUCUGUUACCUUUGAAAAAA